AUUUUCUCUUGACGCGGCCACGCAUUACAAGAAGGCUCCCUCAGCACGCACUGGACUUGGGGACCACCAUCACUCUUGCUUUACAUGUUGCUUGCCCGUAAGAGACUUUAGCAUUUCUAGAUAUGGAUGGGAAAUGGAUUCCCGGGCGGUGGCGCCAGACCGGCCAUAAUGAUCCAGUUCAAGCCCCAACUGAGGGACUCACGAAGGUAUUUGACGAGAUUGCAAGUAAGACCGCUCAGCUUGUCCAACAACCGUACAAUGCAGGCCAUUGGGGCGCACGAGCGGAACUGCUCACCAUGGUUGGGUACCCCGAGUUGGCUGCAGGAGAUGCGAGAAAGUCUCAGAUACUCUGCACUGCCAUGCUCGAAGGAAAAGGACUAAGUCUUGCGGCAAGGAAGCAAUUACUACUUGAUGACCCUUCAACAAACACAGCUGCAAUCCCUGAGCCUUUGCAAUAUCAACCACUUUGGACGGAAACAGUCAAGCAGCUCCGUUUCCGGAGUUUUAUGGUUCUUAGCCGAGCGUUGUCUCAGGCAGGUGCUUUUCAUAGCUUUCGAGAAAUGUGCCUAGAAGCACGGGCUAUGUAUCCAGCAGAUGAUGUCCUCUCAAGCGGGCUAGCUUCUUCAGAUGUUGCUCUCAAAAGCUUAAGGCGCAAUAUCCAGCAGUCACAUGCGCUUGGGCGUAGCCAGACGAAUGUUGAUGAGCAGCUGAAAUUUGGGAGGAUAUCAUUCCGACUAUACCCUUUCAUGCCGCCGCAAUACCUUCAGAGAAGUGCCGAACGCAUCACAAGUGCUAACACUAGACUCGUCGAGAUGGGCGCAGCUUGUGUUGUCCGGGCUAGCAGUCUCGGCUCCUCCGCUGCAAUCCCUGAGCCUCCGCUUCGGAUUCUUGGCCCGUGGAACCGCACUUUGGGCCUGUUUGCCACUUCAGAUAUAAAGAAAGGAGAUGUCAUAUUGAAAGAUACAACAACAUGGGGUACAAACACUGAACCAGCAGUAGUGUAUUUCAAGUAUCAAGGUCGAGCACAUCCUAUGCCUCGGUGCGACAAUUGUUGUGGCAUAACGCCUCCCUGGAACAGCGUCGUCCACCAAUCCAAAUGUUGCAACACAACGUAUUGCAGUGACAGCUGUCUGAAGACGGCAAAGGCAACUUAUCACCAAGUUCUCUGUGGGAAAGACUUCUCCUGGAUCACGAACAAGCCACAGAGUGGAGGGCGGCAGACUGAUCCUGGCCUCUCUGAUACCAUUGGAUCAAUGUGGUUACGAAUACUAGCGACAUGCGUACAGAGCGGCCUUCAUCCUCUAGAGCAUCCAUCCAUCGCUGCUCUGACUGCGAAUUACGAGAGUGACGAUCGAAUCUCCAGACGCUGGUCCUUAGCUUUCAAUAUUGAUGUGCCGCAAAGAAUACUUACAACUCUCGGCGUUGAUAUCUUCAAGGAUCUCAGAUACGAUACUUGGGUUCUCCAAACAAUCUGGGCUCGAAUGACCAACAACCAGCGUGGCGAGAUCGAAAAAGGGUUGAACGGCCCCGUUGUAUCACGCUCAGUCCAUCAACUUUUCUCGUUUAUCAAUCACAGCUGCGAACCGAAUGCCGAAGCGGAAGACCUCUCGGAAACUUAUCCUCCCCAAACUGCACCUGUCGUGUGCUCGUCUGCCCUAGCCAUCUUUGCAAGAAAGAACAUCAAAGCAGGAGAGGAAUUAUUCAUAUCAUACGCCAAUGGAGAAACUUUAGGUCAGAGUCGUGCGGUUUGGAACUAUAACUUGCAACUCAGCCGGCUCUCUGGAGAUUGCUUGUGCGCAAGAUGCAAGAGGGAAGCGCAAGGAGAAGAGGGAAAAUAG